GGCCAAAAAGUGGUGCAGAAUCUGCAUACAUAAAUGUAAGAAAAGUAAAAAUGUCGGAUGAUAUCAGGAAAAGGUUUGAAUUUCCAAAUUCUCUUAUCCAAUCACAGGCUGUGGGUCAUCUUAUUGCUGCAGUCUUGAAGGAAAAUGGUUUUUCAGGAAAGAUCUGCCAAUCCACAAACCAGACUCCUGCUUUGAACUUGCUCUGGGAGAAGUGUUGCAGUGACAAUGUAGUGGUUCGAACAGCCUGCUGUGAAGGGCUGGUGGCACUUGUUGCCCAGGAUCAUGCAGAGUUCAACUAUGUUCUCAAUGGAAUACUCAACCUCAUUCCUUCAACCAGGAAUACACAUGGCUUGAUAAAAGCCAUUGUGAAAUUAUUACAAAUCCAAGCUCUUAGGGAAGGACAAAAUGGGGAGAAGAAUAUUCAGGAUAUAUAUACUAUUAGAAAUCAUCCUCAACCUUUGAUCACUGUGCUUGAACACAGACCUGAUUGCUGGCCAGUUCUUCUGCAGCAGUUGACAGUUUUUUUCCAGCAGUGCCCUGAAAGGUCAGAGAUUUCAUGUAUCCAAAUAAUGGCAUCAUUUCUAUGGUAUCUAUAUUGUGAACCAUCCCAGUUACAAGAAUAUGGUCAACUUCGAGUAGCCCUGCUGAAAGUCUUACUUCAACCCCGGAGUCUUUGUGACAGCGAACAGCCAUCAGUGUUGGAACAACAGAUACUUCAACUUUGUUGUAACAUGGUUUCAUGUUUGCAGAUGAAAGAUUUAAUACAGACAACAGAAGUGAUGUUCUUUAUUGAGGAUGUUUACUUAAGCCUUUUGCGUCAUCCCAUUUUCUGGAAAAUUCAGCUUACCCAGUUGACCCUUCAGCUGCUAUGUGUCUGUGAAGUGAGCUUAAAGAUAACUGGGGAAUGCUCAUCUUUAAUUCACCGUUUAGAGCGUAGUGUUGAACUUCUGAAAGAGAACUUUCCUGUUGAACUAGUCAUAAUUGGAAUAGCUUUACUUCUUCUACAGACUCCAGCAAGUCAGCAGAAGCCAAUCUUAAGUUUAGCUUUGAAGCUCUUCUCUUUUGCUGAGGGUCAGAAAAUUCCAAAGUCGUCCCUGCUGCUAGUGAUGCCAAUUCUGCAGAUAUUAUCUUCUACUGCCUUGGAAGACUGUAUGUCUGUGGAUGAAGAAGGUCCCUCUAGGCAGCAGUUGGCUUUAAAUCUUUUGGAAAUAGUACAGCAAGAGUGCUACAGAGAUGACAACAAAGAGCUCUCCUACAAGCUUGCGUUCCCCAUAACCAGCAUGUAUAGUUCCAUAUUUACAGUCUGGAGGAUCCUUAACAUAAUGAGAGAAGAGUAUGCAGCGGGUGACUGGUUGGCUUCAGUGGCGUCAUUGCUCCCGAUUACUACAGUGAUCCCUGUGCAUGUUUUUCUUUUGCUGGCUUACCUUCUUGUUGAAGAUAAAGGACAGAAUCUUUGCUGGAUACUGAAGGUCACUACAGAAUUAGCCCAAGCGGAUUCUUCUCAGGUACCAAAUUUGAUUCCAGUUUUGAUGUUCAAAUUGGGAAGACCACUGGAGCCUAUAUUAUACAAUGAUAUCUUGUAUACUUUACCUACUCUCGGUGCUCACAAGGUGUGCAUAGGACAAAUUCUACGAGUAAUACAACUGUUUGGAACAACUCCACAACUAAGAGCUAUCACUUUGCGCUUGUUGACAUCUUUGUGGGAAAAGCAGGAUCGUGUUUAUCCUGAACUGCAGCGUUUUAUGGCCAUGUCCGAUGUGCCUUCUCUGUCUGUGGACAAGGAGGUCCAGUGGGAGAAACUGAUUGCUAAAGCAGCAUCGAUCCGAGAUAUAUGUAAGCAGAGGCCUUAUCAGCAUGGUGCAGAUAUGUUGGCAGCUAUUUCUCAGGUGUUGAACGAAUGUACCAAAUCUGAUCAAGCUACUCCGGCAGCCUUGGUGUUACAAGGUCUUCACGCACUUUGCCAAGCUGAGGUUGUUUGUAUCCGCUCCACUUGGAAUGCUCUCUCCCCAAAGCUGAGCUGUGACACAAGACCUCUCAUUUUAAAAACCCUCAGUGAGCUGUUUUCUCUGGUUCCUUCCUUAACAGUCAAUACAGCAGAAUAUGAGAUAAGACCAGAAAUUCAUAAUCCCGAUGAGCUAGAGAUGACUGAAGAGGAAGAUGAUGAGGGAGAUGAAAAGGAUAUAGAUCUUUCUGUUCCUGGCUCCUGCUAUUUGAAUCUGUUGUCACUUACUGCUCCUUCAGUUUUACCAGCGUUAGAGGAAUUUUUUGUAUCACUUGUGAAGCAAGAAAUGGUGAAUAUGCCACGUGGAGUGUAUCACUCUGCAUUAAAAGGAGGUGCCCGCUCAGACCAAGGAAAGACUGUAGCAGGAAUCCCCAGUUUUAUAUUGAAAAUGUAUGAAACAAACAAGCAACCAGGAUUGAAACCUGGCUUAGCAGGUGGUAUGUUAUUUUGCUAUGAUGUUUCAACAUAUCAGAGUAAAGAUGGCAAACCACUGAAUCGAUUGAUGGCCAGUAGAGGACGAAGUUUCAAGCAGAUAUCACUUGCUCUUGUACAUGAGGUUCACAUCCAGCUUUCAGAAUGGCACCGUGCCAUUUUUCUCCCACAGGCCUGGCUUGCAUAUAUGAAUCGAGCAUAUCAUGCCAUUUUACAGGGGAGAAUAGGAGAGCUGGAAUUGCAGUUAAAACAUGGAAAAGAAGUACCUGAAGAGGUGCAAUACAAAAAAAGCACAGCCUGGCUCUGGGUCAGAGACAUAUUGACUGAUGAGAUCACCAAAGCAGCUGCAAAGGACAGUCCAGUGGUCAAAGGCAAUGCGCUAUUAGCCUUAAGCAGCCUUGCUGUUGUUGUGUCCAAACAUGAAGUCAGCCUCACCUCAGACUCUGACGGGAUCCUAGAGGUUCAACCUAAUUUCCUUUCAAUGAAAGAGUGGGUUUCCAUGGUGCUUGAUACACUCCUGGUCAUUGUGGAUAGCCAUUACCAACCCAGAGGACAACUUUUCUCCUGGUUUUAUCAUAAAUCCUAUUCUGGUGAAAACACAGCUAGUGCCAUUGCCCGUUCUGCUGCCGCCACGGCUUUGUCUCUCCUCGUGCCAGUUUUCAUUAUCUCUUGCAAAGAGAAGGUUGAGGAAAUCCUGAACAUGCUGACUGCCAGGUUACCUGGGAAACCGAGUGCUGAUGAACCUCAAGCCGUGCAAAUCCACAUGGGCCUGGCUUUGGGGAUGUUUCUGUCUCGCUUGUGUGAGGAGAAACUCAGUGAUAUAUCUGGCCAACAGAUGAACCUUCUUCUGAUGAAAUCUUUGGAUGCUCUGGAAAAUUGCUGCUUUGACACUAGUCUUGAAUACAACACGGGCUGUAUAUUGGGAGUUGGACUUGUUCUGUCCCUCAUGAGCCACAGCAGCCAAAUGGAGUCCCGGGUGCACGUGGCAGCAUCACUUCGGAAGCUCUCUGCAUACCUAGAUGACAGCGGGAGCCAGAGCAGAACAUUUCAGGAGGUCCUUGCUUAUACCCUUAGCUGUGUAUGUACGUCAGCAUUCAGUGCUGGAAUUAUUGAGGCUGCAGAGGCUGAAGAUGUUAUGAACAAACUUCGGCUGUUAGUAGAGAAUAACCAGCAGACUUCAGGUUUUGCCCUGGCGUUAGGAAACAUAGUUCAUGGUCUGUCUGUGUGUGGACAUGGAAAAGCUGAAGACUUGGGCAACAAACUCCUUCCUGCUUGGAUCAGAAUUGUCCUAGCAGAGAGCACUCCCACAAUGCUUUGUCUGGCAGCUGUUCAUGGGAUGGUGGCCUUGGUAGGCUCUGAAGGGGGUGUAAUACAGCUGAAGUCCGAAGCCAUCCAGACCUCACAUUUUCAAGGCAGACUUAAUGAAGUCAUUAGAACCUUAACUCAGAUCAUCAGUAUCUCUGGGAUGAUUGGUCUUCAGUCAAAUGCAAUUUGGCUUCUAGGACAUCUUCAUCUAUCUACUCUGUCCUCAAAUCAAAGUAGAACUUCAGUUCCUACUGACUAUAGCUAUUUGCCUGAGAGCAGUUUUAUUAGAGCAGCCAUUGAUUUCUUCAUUGCAGGAGGAAAAAAAGGUCCUGAAUCUGUGCCUCCUUCCCUUCUCAAAGUAGUGAUGAAACCCAUAGCAACUGUUGGAGAAAGCUACCAGUAUCCUCCUGUGAACUGGGCUGCACUCCUCUCUCCACUUAUGAGACUAAAUUUUGGUGGAGAUAUUCAGCAGCUAUGCCUUGAAAUUAUGGUUACCCAGGCACAGUCUUCACAGAAUGCAGCUGCACUGUUGGGCUUGUGGGUGAUACCACCAUUACUCCAUGGUCUGAGUCCAAAUAUCAAAAAAUACCUUCUGGUCUCUAUACCUCUGUGGAUAAAACACAUCACUGAAGAACAGAUGAAAGGUUUUGUUGAAAAUUUACUUGUGGCAGUUUUCAAAGUAGCUUCCCCACUUUCAAAUCCUGAGUUAUGCCAGAGUGCCUUACAGGGCCUGAGCCAGGCCAUGAAACUGCCCAGCCCAUCCUGCCACCUCUGGGGUCUGCUCUCUGAAGCUACUGGGAACAUUUUUGACCUUCUGCCAAAUAAGAUUCGGAGAAAUGAUAUGGAGCUGUAUAUCAGUUUAGCAAAAUGCCUCUCAGAAAUGACAGAUGAUGAAGCCAAUCGGGUUGCCCAGAUUACUAAGAGCAACAUAGAAAAGGCUGCAUUUGUCAAACUGUACUUAGUCUCUCAAGGACGGUUCUCCUUGAUGAGCUUGACUGAUGUGCUCAGUGUUGCUCUGCAGCACCGUGAGAAGGCGGCACUGGCCUGGAUGAUACUGCAGAGCCUAUACCAGGCCCGGAUAGUGAGCCAUGCCAACACAGGUGUGUUGAAGAGAAUGGAGUGGCUUUUGGAACUGAUGGGUUAUAUUAGAAAUGUCGCUUACCAAUCAACAUCUGUUCAGAAUGUUGCUCUUGAUGAGGCUCUGGACUUCUUGUUGCUGAUAUUUGCAACAGCAGUGGUUGCAUGGGCAGACCACGAUGCCCCUCUCCUCCUUGGCCUCAGUGCUAGCUGGUUGCCAUGGCAUCAAGAAAGUGGCUCGGCUGGGCCAGCAUCAAGCUUUCUUGGCAGAAGUCCAAUGCACAGGGUCACUCUGCAGGAGGCUCUCACUCUGCUUCCCAGUAGCAUGCCUCUUCUGCUACAAAAGGAGCCGUGGAAGGAACAGUCUCAGAAGUUCAUUGACUGGCUCUUCAGCAUCAUGGAAUCCCCUAAAAAAGCCCUCUCAGCAAAAUCCAGGGAUCUUUUAAAAGCCACCCUCCUGUCCUUGAGAGUUCUCCCAGAGUUUAAGAAGAAAGCUGUGUGGACCAGAGCCUAUGGUUGGUGAACAUUUUUGCAGUACGCAGCAGCAUUCUCAGCUGGAUGAGGAAAACCAUAGGGAUGGAAGAAGUUUUUUCAGAAUUCAUGUCUGGGAUUGCUAAGACAGCACACAGAGAGUUAAAGGUCAUGAAAGGGCCACAUAACUGACAGCUAGACAUGUCUGUGCCAGGAGAAGGGGUGUGUUGCUUUGAGACCCAGGCCAGUAGAGACUGAACUAGGGACUUGAGUUUUCUUUUAUUUCGCUAGAAUUCAAUCUGAAGAUUUUAUUUGUGAAAACUUGACUGUAUAACCUCCUCACCCCUAAACUCCAGUAAAAUAAUGUUGUGAA